CCUGCAAUCCAAUAGUUUCAGGGCUCUAGAGAAUGGUUGUCAAUUAAUGUUACAGAAUCCGUUCACCUAAUCUUUUUGGCAGUCCCUAAACUCAGACAUCCGAUGUCCUUAAACAGGUGUAAAAGUAUUGAAUCACAUCCAUAUCUGUAUCUCGACCUGAUCAACAUCAAAGUACGUAGUAAAGGUCCAUCACCAUCCACUAUUCCAUACUGACACGAAAAUCUCCACCAACUUAGCAGAUCUACCAGCAACUAUUUUGCUUCAAUCAAAAUCUUUGUAGUUUCUUUGUCUUCAUCACUUCAUUUCCAAGCAUUACUACAGCUAUCUAAAUGUAUAAUGCUCUCUCUAUCAAUGCAACAUGAUGUACUACGUACACUAUAUUUCAGAAGCAAAUAUAGACCCUUACCACAGGACAGGAUCUCCCUCUGCAGAGACUGAAAGUUUGAUCAUCAGCAAAUCAUGAGGCCUAAGACCCAAAAUUCCCUUAACAUAAAGCUUCUAACGCUUGGCGUUUUUAUCGCUUUUUUCCUUCUCUUUGUCUUGAGAUCAAGCUUUUCAUCCUCCAAUCAAAGUCCAAUCCCAACUCUUCCAAGACCCUUGAGUGGUCCUUUGAAAGAUGAGAAGGUUUCAAACUGUUCGCCGUCUUGCAACAAAAUCCCGUCCACCUUAGCUCAAGCCAUCAUUCACUAUUCAACCUCCUCCAUCAUUCCACAGCAAACGCUCAAAGAGAUCUCAGUAACCUCCAAGAUUUUGGAGAAGAAGUCCCCUUGUAAUUUCCUUGUGUUCGGGCUAGGCCACGACAGCCUUAUGUGGAGCGCGCUCAACUAUGGUGGACGGACUAUUUUCCUCGAAGAAGACGAGUCCUGGAUCGAGCAAAUUAAGAGAAGAUUUCCAAUGCUGGAGUCGUAUCAUGUUAGCUAUGAUAGCAAAGUGAAUCAGGCAGAUGAGCUGUUGGAGGUGGGCAAAGGGCCCGAGUGCACACCUGUUGCUGAUCCCAGAUACUCAAUGUGCCAGCUUGCCUUAAAGGGCUUGCCUAGUGAAGUUUAUGAGAUAAAAUGGGAUUUGAUCAUGGUUGAUGCUCCAACAGGUUACUAUGACGAAGCUCCAGGGAGAAUGACAGCCAUAUACACAGCCGGGAUGAUGGCGAGGAAUCGAGAAGAUGGAGUAACUGAUGUUUUUGUGCAUGACGUGAAUAGAGAUGUUGAAGAUAAGUUCUCCAGGGCCUUCUUGUGUGAUGCAUACGUGAAGAAACAAGAAGGAAGGAUAAGGCAUUUUAGAAUCCCAAGUUAUAGGAGUAACUUGAACCAGCCCUUCUGCCCGUGAUGAUGCUUCUGGCAUGGUUUUUGUGUACGAGAAUCACGUUGUCAUUGUUCCUUAUAGGAAGCUCUCUUUCUUUCUUUUUUUCUGCGGCAGGUAUUUUGAGACUUGAUACUGAUGCAAGAUGCUCAGGACUUUCAACUUUUAGUUUGUCGUUUCAUUGAUGAGGGAAAGCAAAAGAAAAAUAAAGGUACUAAAGACAACAUGGCUUUGUGCAGAAAUAAAGACAACAUUGGAUACUGAUUCUAUUUUCUGCCCGAAAUAGAUAAAACUGAGACCGACCAAUGAACCAAAGCGGACACAGAAAACAAGAUACAGUAGUAUCAAUAUGUUGUCUUCUUUGCCAAUAUCAUCAACUCUUUGCUGCACGACUAAGUAGUUUGGAAACUUGCUGUUCUAACAUUAUUAAUUCUUCCAUCCAUGUAUAUAUAUAUAGCCCACAAAUUGACAAAAUUGCACGAAGCAAGCUCGUGUCUGGGCAAAAAUGCCAAACU